AUGCGGUCUGCCUAUUUCUCACUGUUGCUUCUCGCUGGAAUCCCUUACUCUGCAGGACACCGGCGUCACUUCGGGCUUUCCAAACGCCAUGGUGUUGACUUCACCCCGGCCCAGAUUGCUGCUGUCAAGGCUCGACUGGCUGCGGGUGCGACACAGAGUUGGGAGGUGGGGACUCGUGCUACUGCCCUGCUGGAACUAGACUAUCCGAAUCUCUUCCUCUAUCGCGAGAAUUCUAUUCCGCCAAAGUUAAGGGGAGGUGGAGCCGGAUCAGAGGUUUUCGCUAUCGUGGAUUGGGUAGUUCAGAAAAAGCCUUCUCACAUUCCAACAUUUUGGGAUGUCGCUGCCGCGGGUGAUCCGCCUAGUAUCGGUAUACCCGCGCUGAUUCGUAACUGGACGGGUACCGGGAAGAUUUCCCGGACCGCUGGUGUUGAUGCAACUUCUCAGCUCGAAUUCCUUCUAUAUACUAACUGGCGCACACCCAAGGGUGCGAUGUCUCACCGUCGUCCGCCGCAGCCCGUCCAGCUCUGGUCAGACUUUCUUUCUAUGGCUCCUCCAUUCAUCUCACACUACGGUGCACUUCAAAAUAACAGGACCCUUGUCUAUGAAGGUUAUAGGCAAUGUAAACUUUACCGUGAAGCCUUGCUUGACGGCUCGGGUCUUCUUCAACACAUCAUCCUCGGUGCUUCGGGGCAGGAUCACCUCCACUGGUCAACAGGAAAUGCAUGGGCUGUCAACGGAAUGCUCCGUGUUCUUCGCAUCAUCCAACUCUCUGACUUUGCUCUCGAAUUCAAGAGCGAACAAUCGGAUCUCAUCGGUUGGAUCACGACCCUUCUGCAGAAGGUUUGGUCGUUCCAACAGGAUGAUGGAUCGAUCCUCAACUACAUCGAUGAAAACCCUAACUCGGGUCUUCAUCACGUCUUCCACGAAUCUAGUGGUACGGCAUUGUUCGCUGCUUGCACUUAUCGUCUUGCUACCAUCCUCCGUGGCAAGAUUCCCGGUAACCUUUUGGCCAGCGCCGAAAAGGCACGUCAGCACAUUAUUGCAAAGAUUGGUUCGGACGGCUGGUUGGAAGGAGUUGUGAAUCCCAUGAAUUGGAGGGUUGCUGGGGAACAUAGUGCCGAGGGUCAGGCGUUCGUCGUUAUGCUUGCUGCGGCUCAUAGGGAUUGGAAAGGAUCAGAAUGA